AGCCCGCCUGCAGCGGGCAGCCGCCUGGCGACGGGGCCGCGCGUGCCCGCCGCCUCGCCCUCGGCGCCGCCCGCCCUUCCUGCCCGCCUCCGCCCGCUGCCCGCGGCAGGUCGGCGCGAGGAGGCGAGGAGGAGGCGGGGAGCCAAGGAGGUGUGCAGCCGGCGCCCUGCGGGCCCUCCCGCGCCAUGACGCGCCCGCGGGGCGUGGCCGCCUUCGGCGGCCCGCAGCCCGGCCUGCAGGAGCAGCUGCGCGAGGUCGCGGAGAGCAUGCGGCUCCAGGGUCGCAGCCGCGCGGAGGUGGACGCGGCGCUCGUCGGGGCGAACCGUCGGUGGCUGCUGAGGAGGGAGCUCGUGAGGGUGGUCCCCGUCACCGCCUGCCUGGCCUGGCGCUGCGGGGGCCCGAGGGCCUGCUGCUGUACGCCCUGGAGAGCCUGCGCAGCGACCGCCUGCAGUACCACCACUCGCCCGCCAGCGCCUGCACCACUGGGCCGCGCUGCUGCGGGACCCCGGCUGGGGCGUCGAGUGGGCGGCCGAGUGGGAGCAGCCCCUCGGCGCGGAGGGGGCACGGGCCGGCGCGGGGGCUCCCGCGCCGCUCGUGGAUGCGCCCGGGGCCUCGACCAGCGGCCGGCAGAAACGGGAGCCCAACGAGCCAGGGGGGCGCCAGCAUUCGUCGCCACGAGUCGAGGAGGGGAUCGACUACAGAACUGAUGUGCCCCAGAAUUCACUUCC